AUGUCGGGGGGCGGUGUGGGCACCUCCCUGCUGCUGCUGGGGGGCAUCGUGCUGUGCGUGGGGCUUUCCCGCAGCCUGACCCGCCGCCGGCUGCGCUCCCCCCCCCCUCCCUACGGCUUCACCGUCUUGCACGGUUUGACCUUGCCCGGCAGCGCCUGCAACCCCUGCGGGACUUUGCAGCCCAUGUGGGGCGGGGGGAUCCCCCUGGGGAUGGGGGGGGUGAAGAUCUGCGCCCAGUUCCUGGCGGCAGGGCUCGCCAGGCUCUUCAUGAGCUUCGUCUGGAGCCUGGAGAUGGCUGAGCCGCAUUUCGGGGCGCUGUCCCAAGGCUGCAGCCACCCCAUGAGGACCUCGGAGCUGCAGGCGUUCUGCAUCGAGCUGCUCUUCUCCGUCGUGUUCCAGCUGACGGCCCUGCGGGUGGAGAGAGUCAGCCCCAAAUACAAGGUCCACCUGGUGGCUCUUCUCAUCACCAUGCUGGUGUAUGCAGGUGGUAAUCUCACAGGAGCAAUAUUUAACCCAGCAUUGGCUUCUUCAUUACAUCCAAAUUGUUUCUAUGAACAAUUUUUUAGCUACUCACUGGUAUACUGGAUAGCACCAUCCUUAGGUACAAUACUUGUGGCUUUUCUAUGGGAUGAAAUCCUUCCUCGGAUAUCCUGA